AUGACUGAAACAGCCUCGGUCUCCAGGAUCAUAGAAGGGGCUCCUGGUGCGUUGGCGAGGCGAGGAAAGAGGGCGAAAAACUGGCAGCAAGACUAUUACGCCACGCUGCUAAGCAAAACUGUUGAUCUCCUGGAUCGGUUCCAACCAACCGCUCACACGGUUGAGACUUUUGCAGAGGAGUUCCUGAAGACCGAAAAAGCCGAGGAUGCUGCCUUCGUCGCAGGAACUUUCUACGGAGUGCUCACCAAGGCUCCGUUCCUCACGGCCGCUGCCACUGCCUUGGUCCAACAGAGGACCACUGGGACACAAAAGAGCGAUCAAUGGCUGUACAUGGUGAUCAUUUACCUCCUCGUCUUCAAAGUCGACGAAAUGGGGUAUCACACGUUUGCCAGUCUCGUUCGAAGCUGCCCCCCGCUGCCCAUGUACCUGUUGCUGGACUUUUUGUUCAACGAAGAAGCACUCUCGAGCGCUGCACGGCGCGAUUGGUUAGGACACUACGAUGCGGCGUACGUGGACCAAGUGCUCAUGCCACAGAUACAGAAGCAUGCAGAGCCUUUGUCGGGUCUGGUGGAGUCGUUGAGGAAUCUCAGCAUGGCCUCCGCAACAGGAGCGUCUCACGGAACAAAGUCCGAUCCGCUGGUCCGGGGCGAGCCGUCGUGCACCCAAAAGAAUAUCAGUGAGAAGGGGAAACUGUCCAGGCUCCUAGCCGACUAUGGCUACGCCGACGAUGCCAAGCAGGUUUCAACAGCUGCUCGUCCAAAUCGAGAAUUUCAGUUAUCGUCUUACAGCGAGAAUGUAGCGCGUCCGCAAACCGGGUCCAGUGAGACAAGCCCAGCAAUCCUCGAACGCAGUAAUCCUCAUGUUCUUCUGGUUCCUUCUGAUGAGAAAAAACCCGCAAACUCAGCAUCCCUCUUGCCUUACCCAAAUCAGACGACACGCCGCGGUUAUGAAAAUGAAAUGAACACUGCAAAGGCUCUCGGGUCUACAGAAAUGAAAGGAAUAGGGUCUGACCAACUGGAGGGGGCAGGAAGUGCCAACAGACACCAGCAACCCUCAAACGGUCAUGACGACGUCGGAGGCUAUUCCCUUUCUCAAUCGGGAACAUCAAGUCACAGUGCCGAUUCCAACGAGCCGCUUAAGGAAAAAGAAAAGGCGAGUCUGCUGCAAGCUGAGGGGGAAGAAGCCAUUUUAGAGGAGUCAAAGGAGGCCGAGAAGGAAGAGGACGAGGAAGAAGAAGAGGACCUCUGGCUGAAAGAUAUCGACGGCGAGGAAACAUUUGUUGACCGAAAGACUGAGCGCGAGAAGCAGAAGGUAGUGAAGCAACAGGCAGUUUUCAGACAGUGGACCAUGCAAAGACCCUCCAACCUUCAGAAACUUGUUGAUGAGGCAGAAGCAAGAUUCAGGAGCGAGUGCACCUUCAGGCCAAUCACCCCGCAAAAGAUGCCAGUCUUCAACAAGGCAGAAGCUCCGGUGAAACUUACUACAGCGGAGGUGUUACGUGCUGACGCCUUGCUACGAAAGAGACAGAACGAGGACUACAAAUUGAUCAAACAGUUUGAGAUCGACAAGCGAGACGCCCGGGAAUUCACAGAGUGGCAACAGAAAGAACGGAAGAAACAGGAAGAGCAACGAAUCAAAAAUGUCGCCAUAAAACGUGCGGAGGCUCAGUUAGCAAGAGCACAGGGUAUCCAUGCCGCUGCCUUGCUUCGCCGCAGUAAAGCGAGGAGCGUGCGGAGCCUCCGAGAAAACGCUUUGGAUCGUCAGAUGCUGCGACGCGAGCAAAGGGCUCAAGAGCACGCUCAGCUUGUCGAGAGGGCGCGCGCAGCAAGAGAAGCGAGACACACUUCUGUCGAGGCAGCGAAACAGGCGUCCGAAACGAGACGACAACACGCGGCUGAAGAAAAACUCAAACGAACCAAAGAACAGGCCCUGACUCUGCGGUUGGCCGCUGAAGAACGGACUUCAAAGCGCUCUGUGGUGGUUAGGGUAAGAGGCCUCGAGCAAGCUGCAGUGAAAACGCGAGGCCUGCUCUCACGCGUGGGGCGACGCGACGACUGGAACGAAACGAACGGCGCGGCUUUGCCUACCGUGAAUGGAAUGCCGCUUGCUGAAGUGAAGGCUAGGUUGGAGAUGAAAAAAGCUCAAGAACGCGAGCGGCUCCAAAGGAAGAGCCUUGAAAUCCUCGACCAAAAACUAAAAAGGGAAGAAAAACUGGCAGCAAGGGUGGAAGAAAUCAGACGUUCUGUUGCUAUGCCUGUCCUGGAGGAGCUGAGAACGCAGCAGAUUAAGAACGAGUUCCUUCACUCCACCAAGUUAAAUAUGGAACAGCAAGUCCAAGAGCAGCAAAUGAACGGCGCUGAAAGGCGGGCCGAGAGCAGGGCUAAGCAAGGGAUGCAGAAGGAUGCGUUGACUGAAGGCAUCAAACGAAGAGAGAGGUAUCAACGGAUGGCCAACAAGGCUAUAGCAGAAGUAAAGGAGGCCGCUAGAAACAUCGAACGAGCCGGGUGUCUGCUCACUCUUCGACAGCAGCAAAGAGAUCUGCAGAUCCUCUUCGAGGCAGCAAGAACGCGGAGGGCGGAGGAGAGGCUACUAUCAGAAAGGAUUCAGCAGGUUUGGCGUCAGCCGAUGCAGUCCCUCUCUAAUACCAGCGGAGCAGCGUGUAUGAAAUGA